AUUGUGCAUGCCAUUGUUGCAGGGUUAAAGGAGCUUGAUUUGACUGGAAACCUGCUUUCUGACUGGAGGGAAAUUGCUGCAAUCUGUAAAGAGUUACCGGCUCUCAUAACUCUGAACUUAUCAUACGACAUCAUGUCUCACAAUAUAAGUGGGAUGCCCCUGCUAAACCACAUCAAAGUUUUAGUUUUGAAUCACACUGGUAUAAGCUGGAAACAGGUUGAAAUGCUUAAAGACUCUCUCCCUCUUGCUGAAGAGCUUCAUCUGAUGGGAAACAAACUGAGAGAAAUAGCGCCAUUAUCUUCAGAUAUUGUUCAUGGAUUUGAUUAUCUUCGUCUUCUCAAUUUGGAGAAUAACUUUAUAGUCGCUUGGGAUGAAAUCUUGAAGCUGUCACAGUUAAAAAGAUUGGAACAGCUCUUUUUGAAUAACAACUGUAUCGGCCGUAUCUGGUACCCUGAUCAUAAUUCAUCAUCUGAAACACCCAAUGGUCAUGAACUUCUUGGGGAAAGCUUUAGGCCUUUCCAGAAUCUCCGUUGCCUUCUUGUGGGUGGGAACAAAAUUGAAGAUCUUGCUUCUAUUGAUUCUCUUAAUUUUUUCCCUAAUUUGUUGGAUAUAAGGCUUUCUGAGAAUCCUAUAGCAGAUCCAGGGAAAGGUGGUGUGCCCCGGUUUGUUUUGAUUGCUCGCCUUGCUAAAGUUGAAACUUUAAACGGAAGCCAGGUUAGUCCUCGAGAGAGGAAGGAUUCUGAAAUUCGGUAUGUCAGAUUGGUCAUGUCUAAAAGCCAUGAUAAUGCAGAGGAAAUUAAGAAGCUUCACCCCAGAUUUGCAGAGCUGAAAUCUUUUCACGGGAUUGAGGAUCAAAAGGCUGCAAGUGGAGCUACGGGUCCACAAAAAAUGGCAUCAGGGCUCAUUUCUAUUACUCUGAAGUGUGUUGCAGCAUCAAUUGGUGAAAAGGCCCCAUUGACUAAAAAGCUGCCUGCGACAACUACGGUGGGCAAGCUGAAAAUCCUUUGUGAGAGUUUCUUCAAGAUAAAAUCUAUUAAGCCAAAGUUAUUUCUUCGGGAAGAGGGUUCCCCAUUCCCAACUCUGCUUGAUGAUGAUAUGGCAUCAUUAAUUGACUUUGGAGUUGGCAAUGAAUCAACUAUUCUUGUGGAUGAAGAUUGUUAAUGUCAUAAGAAAUCAUGGAACGUCCAGUGAAAGCUUCAUUGUCAACACAAAAUACAUUCUUGGAAUCUCUUUGGAAUUUGAGAAUGUCUCGUGCAUUUAGUUCUCUACUCCAAAAAUAUUUUUAUCAGCAUACUCUCUUCCUACUCUUGCCCUUUUCAUCACUCUCAAAAGAUAAUUGUACCAGCUUGCAGGAUGUUUGGUUGGUUGUCUGGCCUAUGCAUGUAGAUGUAGAUGUAGAUGUAGAUGAAGCUUUUGUGACACUACAAUAUACCUUCACUAACAUUUCAAAACUUGGAAUAGUAUAUAAAUCUAGUGUUUUUAAGAGCGAAAA